AUGUCAUCCAACAAGACCUCGGCCAGUGUCUCCAUCGAUAAGUUCGAUGGGGACAACUACUCAACCUGGUGUCGCUACAUGCGCGGCGUGUUUCUGACGAAGUCAGUCUGGUACGUCGUGAACCGCGAAACGUCUCCAACCUUCACCGACACGCGAGCUUCCGACGAGUACGUCAAGGCGAGCAACAUCGCGUUCGGGUUGAUGUUGCUCCACAUGGACGCCGACUACCACCAUGUGGUCGACAACUGUGAAGAAGCAUGGACAGCGUGGUCGCGGUUGAAGAUGCUCUAUGGUGGGUCGCAGAAGGCGGGAAGCAUCUACCUCAAGCGCCAGCUAUUCAGCAUCAAGAUGGCGGAAGGUGCCAACGUCUUGCACCAUUGCAACGAAGUCUUGAACAUCGGCGCCAAGCUCAGCAGCAUCGGUGCCAAGAUGGAAGACGAAGACAUUGCGAUCUGCUUGCUGCUCAGUCUCCCGAAGAGUUUCGAGAACGUGGUUCUGAACUUAGAGAUGAGCAAUGCAGAGCUGCGCACGCAAGAUGUGGUCAAGGUGCUGACUAACGAGCACAUCAAGCGACAAGGCGAGAAGAUGACAACGGCAACGACAACGGUGAAGACUGAAGAUGCGACAAAGGCAUUCAGUACCGAGCGCAAGCCCUACCAAUGCACAUACUGCGGCAAGGUGGGGCACACGGCAGAGCGUUGCUGGACGAAGCAAAAGGAUGAAAGUCGAGGAGCCCAACGCGGCGGCAAUGGUCGUGGACGCGGGGCAAACAAUGUCCAGUGGCGACAUUAUGAUGAAGGCAACAGCUACGAUCGAGUGGCGUUUGCAGUUUCGUUCGAAUGCGGAGUUUCGACGAACAAGAAUGGAACAGGAAUGUGGGCCGUUGACAGCGGGGCAACACAUCACAUCUGCCACGACAAGUUCAAGUUUGCAAGCUUGGUCGAAGGCAAUGAUGGCGAGAUCCUGGUGAUUCUGCCAAACGGGGAAGAGCGCGAGAUCGAGAUCAAGAACGCGCUCUAUGUGCCCAGCAUGAGCAAAAAUCUGCUCUCGGUGCCGCAGAUUAACAAGCACGGCAACUUCCAAGUGGUGUUUGACGGGGAUACGAUGUACGUCGCUCGCAAGGAUUCCAAUCAAGUGGUGGCAGCUGCGGAUCUUGUAGACGGACUCUACUGGCUUCGCACGACGCAGCGAUCGGCCAAUGCGACAUCACUCAGCAACGCUGUUGAUCUACAUGCGCUAAUGGGCCAUGCUCCAGUCGACGUGCUUCGCAGGAUGGUGACAAGCCACAUGAUCAAGGACGCUCACAUCCCUUCCAAGCCGAAUGGAUCAAGUGUGUGUCGAGGAUGCCAAGAAGGGAAGAUGGUCCAAAAACCAUUCCCGAGCAACCGUGACAAGCGCACCUACAACACCUUCGAGAUGCUCCACUUCGGCAUCUGCGGACCCAUGGAAGAAAAAUCUCUGGGUGGCAGCAAGUAUCUGCUGCUGAUCGUGGAUGAAGCCAGCGGAUGCAUGAAGGGUUUUUGUCUGCAUUCCAAGUCAGAGAGCGAAGCGUGCAUCAAGAAGUACAUCACGAUGAUACAGACGCAGUUCAACAAGAAGGUCAAAUUUGUGCGACACGAUGGAGCCCGCGAGUUUGCGACGAACUCGCUUCAAGAUUUCUACGAAGUCGAAGGCAUCGAGCAACAAACCACGGUGCCAUACGCACAUCAAGCCAAUGGAACUGCUGAACGCGCGAUUCGAACUAUCGUCACCAUCGGUCGUAGCAUGCUCCAUCAUGCCAAGUUGGACAAGUGCUUCUGGGCUGAAGCGGCAAUGACGGCCGUCUAUGUGAAGAACCGUUUGCCGUCACCCAAGAUUCCACACAAGACACCGUUCGAGAUUGUCUACAAUUCUAAGCCAAGUGUCAAGCACAUGCGCGUUUUUGGGUGCCAAGCAUACAUCUUGACCCCGAAGGAGAAACGACUCAAGUGGGAUCCCAAGGCCCGGGCUGGAUUGUUUUUGGGCUACGAAGAAGUGUCCAAGGCGUAUCGAGUUUACGACAUCGAAGCGGGGCAGGUGAUGAUAAGUCGCGAUGUCAACUUCGAUGAGUCGGCCUUUGGAAUGUCGAUGCUGAUUUCCGAUGACGAUGUUGAUGGCCUGGACUUCGAAUCGAUCGAUCUUGAUGAUGAAGAACCGCGUCCGAGACACUUCAAACAAACAGGAAAGCGCAAGGCCCAACCCAGUCACGACAAUGACGACGCAAGCAUGCCCCGAGCAGUGCGCCAACGACCCGGAUUGGAAGAGUCAAGUGCGCCGGAUGACCUCUCUUCACGUCGAGCCAACGAAGAUGAAGAAAGGAAGUCGGAGGAACAACAUGACACACCGACUUCCUCCGCGUUUUGGCAUGCGAGUGCAAACGCCGUCGAAGCAGCGGUCGAUUUUUCGGAGCCGUCGACAUUUGAAGAAGCAGUAUCUGGCCCGGACCAAGUACACUGGCGCAAGGCAAUUGAUGCGGAGCUCGAUUCGAUAAAGCUUCGCGGUGUCUUUCGUGCGGCCAAGUUACCCAACGGACAAAGCGCCAUUGGCACAAAGUGGGUCUUCAAGAUCAAGCGCAAGGCGGAUGGGUCGAUCGAGAAAUACAAGGCACGACUUGUGGCCAAGGGUUUUCGCCAAAAGUAUGGCAUUGACUACACGGAGACGUUCUCGCCCGUGGUCAAGUAUGUGACGCUGCGAAUGGUCAUCGCCAUUACCAAGCACUUUGGAUGGCCCCUCGACCAGCUCGAUGUGGUGACUGCGUUCCUGUAUGGAGUGAUGAAGGAGAAGGUGUUCUGCGCUGUUCCGGAAGGCGUCAAGAUGGAAGGUGAUUUCGACUGUCUCGAGCUGAUCAAGGCGAUCUACGGUCUCAAGCAAGCCUCGCGUGUUUGGAACGAGACCUUCGACGAGUUCAUACGCUCGAUUGGUUUUCAAGCGUCGGGAUUCGAUCCAUGUCUCUACAUCAUGACUUCGGAAGGCCAUUGUGUUUUUGUGCUGGUCUACGUGGACGAUGUCUUGGUGACUGGAAGCUCGCUCGAGAUGAUUGCGCGCACCAAGAACGACCUCAAGACACGCUUCGAGAUGACGGACAGCGGCAAGUGUGCCUUUGUUCUUGGGAUCGAGUUAUUGGACGGUGAAGAUGGCAGCGUGACUAUGUGUCAGCGCCGUUAUGUCGACGAUGUCCUCAAGCGCUUUGGAAUGGAUGAGUGCAAGGCUGUGGCAAGUCCGGUGGACGUCAGCUCUCGACUGGUUCCAAGCAACUCUGCAAGCAAGGUGAAUGUCCCAUUCCGUGAAGCAUUGGGUGCUUUGAUGCAUCUGACGACUGCAACGCGACCGGACAUCGCCUAUGCUGUAAGCUUUGUGUCACGGUUCAUGGAGAAACCCCAAGAAGAACACUGGGUUGCAGUCAAGCGCAUCUUCCGCUACCUACAAGGCACCAAGAUGCAUGGAAUCUGCUACAAGCCAAGUGCGAAGAUCGACUUUCGUGGCUAUUCAGAUGCAGACUGGGCCGGUGACCUUGCUGAUCGCAAAUCGACGUCCGGCUACGUCUUCAUGCUAUUGGGUGCUCCGGUGAGUUGGGGCAGCAAGAAACAGCCAAGUGUGUCACUGUCUACAAGCGAAGCGGAGUACAUCGCGCUCAGCCUGGCGAUCCAAGAAGGCAAGUGGAUCAAUCGCUUGCUGUGCGAGAUCAUGGCGGCUGCAAACGAAGAAGGACCCGAGCUCGUCAUCCGUGAAGACAACCAGUCGUGCAUCAAGAUGACGAAGAAUCCGGUCAACCACGGCCGCGCUAAACACAUCGACAUCAAGUACCAUCACAUCCGUGAUGAAGUCAAGCGCGGCGAAGUGAAGCUUGAAUACUGCGAGACGACGUUGAUGUUGGCGGACAUCAUGACGAAGGGACUUCACGGACCGCGUCACAAGGACUUGACGGCGGCGCUUGGCAUCCGUGCGUGUUCGGAUUGA